AUGAUGCUAGCAAAUGGUGUCCCUUACAUUGUCGCCAUCCCGAUCGCCUGCGCCAAACCUAGCUCCGACGGUCGAACCUGCGGGUUGUUCAAGCCUUCGCAAGGGCAGCAAAUGAAGCUCUUGCACGAGAAUGCGCGAGGAAGUCUACCAACAGUAUCGUUUUUGGCAUUAACCGUAUUGUUGCCUACUGCUUGUCCAAACAAGAGACAAAGGUCAAUGAACAAGCAACUUGUCUUUCGUACCAUGACUUACAACAACGAAGACGGUGACGACGAGUAUCAUGAGGGCGAAGACCACCUGGUCCAGCAAAGACGAUCCCGAAGGCAACCCAGAAGACGAGCCCAAGACUUUGGGUACUCAACUGGCCUCAAUAAUAUGUUCUUGGCCCAUGCAGCACAAGUUCUGGCCUUUGCUCACCAGUAUUGGGACAAGGAUUUGCGAUACCUCAAGGAUUCCGAUUAUCAGAGACGGUUUCCAAUUAACCAACGUUACAGCCAGGACAAGUGA